AUUAAAUUUUUCACCAGUAUUGUUUAAAUACUACGUUAGUGCGAAUUUAAAGAUUCAGAGCGCCACAUUUUUUUGGUUAUUAUUAUUAAUAUUGUUUUUAGUAAUAGUGUCAAUUAAUACUCGAGCCAAAUGGAUCUAGGAGACGUGUCAUCUAGGACUAACCUGUUGGGAAGUAGUACAAUCUAUAGGCCUACGGUACAACCAAGGGUUUCUAGUGGUCACAGGCAAAUAAACCCUACACACUCAUCUGGUUGGUCUACAUUCUUACCAUGGACCCCCAAGAAAUGGAAUGGCCAACAUCAAAGGUUGCCCUCGCAGGACACUCCGUGCAUUUCUGCCUGCACCACUGCCACGAACCUCUCCUCUCUUGGCGAUUUUCAGUCGAACUCCACAAUUUACAACUCGCGAAGGAUGAACUUGGACGAAAAUCUAAGGAUGACAAUACCUGAAAUCCAACCGUUGCAGGACAACAAGGAGAAGGAUGACAGUUAUGAAGUGCCGGAGUUGCCACAACCGAAAACCAAAGUGGCUUUGGGAGAUAUUAAGAUGCAGUUACUUACCGCCAUAGCAGUGUCUUGGGUAUCAAUGAUUAUUGGAUAUUGUUCAGCCUAUACAUCACCAGCAUCUAUUUCUCUUGAAAGGGAUUUUUCACUUAGUAAAGUUGAGAUGUCCUGGGUAACAAGUCUAAUGCCAUUGGGUGCCUUAGGUGGCGGAAUCCUUGGAGGUCUCCUAAUCGAAAACUUAGGAAGGAAAUGGACUAUCCUACUAACAGAUCUACUAUUCCUAGGAGCGUUCCUUGUUAACUACUUUGCACAAAACUACAUUUACAUGUACGUGAGCAGAAUAGUAUCCGGAGUAAGCGUUGGAAUAUUGUCGCUAACCCUGCCUGUUUACUUAGCAGAAACGAUUCAACCUGAAGUUAGGGGUACCUUAGGGUUGUUACCAACUGCUUUUGGUAAUAUUGGAAUAUUACUGUGCUACUUAUUUGGUACCUUUUGGGAAUGGAGAGCUUUGGCUAUGGUGGGUGUGCUCCUGUCCAUUCCCUUUGUGAUAGUAUUUUGGGUGAUAAGAGAAACCCCUAGGUUCCUAAUAUCUAAGGGUAAAGAGGAUGAGAUGCAGCAGGCUCUGCAGUGGUUGAGAGGACAAAAAACGAAUAUAGAUAAAGAGUAUCAUGAACUAAAGAAGAGUUAUGAGGAAGAGAAUGAAACUCAGGAAAGUACUUGGGAGAGUCUUAAAAUUCUAUUUUCAUUGAAUAAUUUAAAACUGAUGGGAAUUGUAUUGGGCCUAAUGGCGUUCCAACAAUUCAGCGGUAUUAACGCCGUCAUCUUCAACACCACUAAAAUUUUCCAAGAGUCUGGAUCAAGCAUUGAUAAAGCUGUUUCAACCACCAUAGUCGGAGUUGUGAAUUUCAUCUCUACAUUUAUAGCAGCUGUGCUUAUUGAUAAACUAGGCAGAAAAGUUCUACUAUACAUUUCAGCUGUAUCGAUGGUGCUUUCCUUAGGAGUCCUUGGUGCUUACUUUUUCCUAAAGGAUGCAAUGAAGCUGGAUGUACAAUAUUUAGGGUUCCUACCGCUGGCCAGUUUUAUUAUAUACGUAUUAGGAUUCUCUUUAGGAUUUGGACCAGUACCGUGGCUAAUGAUGGGAGAAAUCUUACCAGCUAGGAUCAGAGGUCCGGCAGCUUCAGUUGCAACUGGUUUCAACUGGACCUGCACCUUUAUUGUCACGAAAACAUUCCUAUUAUUGCCCGACUGCAUCGGUUACCACUUUACCUUUUGGCUGUUUGGUGCUAUAGUAUUUUUGUCACUGUUGUUUACCAUUUUCUUCGUACCAGAAACAAGAGGCCAAAGCUUAGCCGAUAUUGAAAGGAAAUUGGCCGGAAUCAAAGUGAGAAGAAUGAGUUCCGUGGCGAACUUAAAACCAAUGCCAUCUAGUUUUUAAUUAAACUGAUUGACUGAUUUAAAAUUUAAGUUUAAAUGUAAUUUAAUUGAGAAUCUCAUAGGGAAUAUAGGUUAUUCUCUUGAUAGUAUUUUAGAUGUGAAAUAUUAGAUCGAGAUGUUGUAGAUUUAGCAAUAAAUAGUCCAUUUUUAGUAUUUAAUUAUUAUUGUAUAUACUUAUCAAAGACACAAUGUUAUUUAUUAUGAAUAUAUUUUUAUAUAAUAUAAUUAUUUUUACCAAGUAAAA